AUGGCACAAAAAAACGUUUAUAAGUGGUACAACGAGUUCAAAGCGGGCCGAGAACGCGUUGAAGACAAACCACGCUCUGGACGACCAUCAACGUCUACCGACGAGGGCCACGUCCAAAAAAUCAAAGAUUUGGUGCUUGCAAAUCGUAUUGGUGCUUGCAAAGAAUAUUAUUUGAACGUUAUGCGUCGUUUGCGUGAAGCUAUUCGUCUGCAACNGCCGGAAUUAUGGGCGAACAACUCUUGGUUCNUUCAUCACGAUAAUGCACCGGCUCACACUGCAUUGGUUCUUCGCGACUUUUUUGCCGAAAACUCGACUCAUAUCGUUCCGCAACCACCGUAUUCGCCUGAUUUGGCUCCGUGCGACUUCUGGCUAUUCAGCAAACUCAAAAGGCCAAUGCGGGGACGCCGUUUUAACACGAUUGAGGAGAUAAAAACCGAAUCGAAGAAGGUCUUGAAGGCUAUACCGAAAAAAGACUAUUCCGACUGUUUCGAGGACUGGAAAAAGCUGUUUUGGAAAGUUCUUGAGCUAGGCUAUAAGAAUCUGUACUACAAAGCUAAGAAGAUUUUCGCAAAAGAAGUACCUUGUGGCAACAUACCUUAUCACAGCCGUUACAUUGCACCUGCUGGAUCAAAACUUUUGGCUUAUCUAAAUGAAGUGAUUCCUCAACCAAAACCGCGUAGUCCGAAAUGGGUGAGCACAUCUGUACCACGCAACAAGUGGUCCACCGCUGCCGCUAAAUUAUCUUCUGCUGAGUAUCACACUAACAAUCUCUUAAGUCCUGUAUUAUUCGAAGAAACCGCUCGUCUAAUUCCGAAAGACGCAGUGUGCAUCGAGAUCGCACCUCACGGUCUCUUGCAAGCUAUCCUGAGACGAUCUCUCGGCUCAGAUGUCAUAAACAUCCCACUUACUCAACGCGGUCAUAGAGACAAUACUGAGGUUGUUCUGCAAGCGAUAGGAAAGCUCUAUAACACCGGAUUACAACCAGAUAUUGCAAAUCUCUAUCCUCUUGUUGAAUUUCCAGUCAGCCGUGGUACUCCAAUGAUCUCCCCUUCCGUAAGAUGGGAACAUUCUGACAGCUGGUAUGUAACGACAUAUAAAACAGAAAAAAAAAUUAUUUCUGGAGAGAGAUCUGUUGUAAUCUCGUUGGGAAAUAAGGAUAAUGAAUAUAUGUCUGAUUAUAUAAUUGAUGGAAAAAAUUUGAUACCUGCUAUAGCAUAUCUUAAUCUGGCUUGGGAGACUUUAGGCAUAUUGCAAGGAGAAGUACAUACAGAAAUAUCGGUUGUUUUCGAAGAUGUCAGAUUUAUGCGUGCUAUUUCUAUUCCAAAAGAAAGUGACAUCCAGCUUACAGUAAUGGUUCAAAAAGGUAUUGUUACUAAUUAUGUUUUUACCAAUUUCUAUGAAUUAUCUGAAUUUUGCUUAGUUAGUGAAUUACAAGAUAUUUCAGAAAUAAAAAAAAAGUGUUAAAACGUUUUAGAAGUU